CCACGAUACACAGCUAUUUUAUAAACGAGAUUAUCGUUUAUUUAAAAGUUUAAUUCAACCCGUAUAAUCCAAGGCGUUUAAGAAUUCACCAAAAAUACCUCACUCCUGGACCAUAGCUUCUGGCUCAUAUGAAUGAGGGAAACCAAGGACCCUGGUAGUACACCUGCUGUUCGACUCUAGUAUACUUUCAGCUCUUCAACUAAGGGGACGCAGUUGGGAGACAUAGCAGCCUGAGAUAUUGAGAUGCGGCCACUGCUGCGACAAGUCGCCGCGGCGCCUUUCCGCUCUAAACCAUGCCACGAGCUGCUGAGAACACGGGAACUCGAUGCCCUACUACUACGGUCUAGCAAUGCGCCCAUCUCCCAACCCGCAAUGCGGAGGCCGACCCAGCUAUCGAGGAUAUGUAAUGGCUGUCGCCAGAUACGACAGUACAGUAGCAACGCCGCAACUACCACUAUACCGCUGAAGGAGGAAGUGAAGGAGAGAAAGGCGAAAAAGUCAGAUCCUCUACGCAUCCUAUUCUGCGGCUCCGAUGAAUUCAGCUGUGCCUCCCUCGAAGCGCUGCACCAGGAGCAUGUACGCAACCCGGCGCUCAUCCAGUCCAUCGACGUCGUGGUCCGGCCGGGUAAGCGCACGGGGAGGGGAAACAAAAUCAUCCAGCAUCCACCGAUUAGAGACCUAGCUACGAGGCUAGGCCUUCCGAUCCACGAGAGGGAUACUUUUACAGGAUGGGAUAUGCCCCCUCACACCAACCUCAUAAUCGCCGUAUCCUUCGGCCUCUUCGUGCCCCCGCGUCUCCUCCGUGCAGCUCAAUACGGAGGUCUAAACAUCCACCCAUCUCUCCUGCCCGACCUGCGCGGGCCCGCCCCCCUGCAACACGCCCUGCUCGCCGGCCGCACCCACACCGGCAUCAGCCUGCAGACCCUCGACGACCGAGCCUUCGACCACGGCCUGAUUCUCGCGCGCACGCCGCCCCUGCCGAUCCCGUCCGAUACUAACUACGCGGCUUUACUCGCUUAUGUAACGCCCCUAGCCGCGGAGUUAUUGGUGCAGGGUUUAAGGGACGGGGCACAUGUCCCGCCGCUAGAGGAGGCGGCGGAACACGGCCAUGGGCUAGAAGAGAGUAAGAGUCAGGGUCAAGAGGUGAUAGAAGUACCUGGAAAACCAGAAAAUCUCCUCCACGCGCCUAAAAUCACAAAACAAGACCGCCAGCUCCGAGUCAGUAACCUGCCAUACUUAUGGCGGCGGUACCGCGCGCUAGGCCCGCUGUGGUUCUGGGCGCGCGAUCGGCAGGGUGUGCGGAGGCGCGUUAUUGUUGACCGAGUUGCUGGCGAAGACGCUACGCUAUCGGAUGUAGCACUUACGUUCACGCUUCCCGCGGAUACGAGUCCCGGCUCUGAGUUUAGUUUAGAUGAGAAGCAGAAGAAGACUCUGGUCCUUGAUGCGGCUGCGUAUGCUGCAGCAAGUGGAGUCGGACCUAGUGUACCGCGGCUGGUAGCUUUUGAGCAGGAUGAUGCCGCUACUAGCGUUAACGGUAGAGGUAUUAGUGAGACGGCAAACAGUGCCGAGCAAACCCAUCUCGUGCUAUGGUUCCCCGAGGGAGAUAGCGGCGUGUGUUACUUAGGACCCUACCGCAUCGAGAUGUUAAAGGUUGAGGGUGACAAGGCGAGACCGGCGGCGCGGGCGCUAAAGGAUUUCCUUGUCUCAGUGGAGUUGUCUGAGAUUGAAUGACGGAAGAUAAAUACGGGUAAGUAAGGGGGAAUGGUUGUGGGCAAUAGCACUUGUGAACCUGUAUAGCAUCAAGUAAAUCACAUAGCAGAACAGGGAACAGAUAUCAAAACAGAUUUAUUAGUACAUGACAAAUAGUCUAGGUUCCUUGUAGAACUAAUCUCGACACAUAGUAGUAAUACAUUAGUGAUAAGGUU